AUGAAGAAGAUUCCACCCGGUGCAGAGGCAUCCAACGUCCUGGUGGGGGAGCUAGAGUUCCUGGAGCAGCCUGUGGUGGCCUUUGUCCGUCUGUGUCCCGCCGUGCUGCUCAGCGGCCUAGCUGAGGUCCCCAUCACCACCAGGUCAGACACACACUGUCAUUUUAUUAUAAUAUUAAUUCUAUUUUGUACGUGUAACGUUUUAUUAUAUUGUACGUGCUCUGUUGUUAAUGAUGAUUACGGUUAAUACUAUGAAUUGUAUGUGUUUGUAACUAAAGUGGGAUAGGUGUUUUUCAUUGGGUAAGUUCCUGAGUGGAUGCACUCUAUUUAGGUAAAACCCUGGUUUAAAACUUAUUCUGUGUUCUCUCUCAGGUUCCUGUUCAUUCUGCUGGGGCCUCUGGGAAAAGGACCACAGUACCAUGAGAUUGGCCGAUCCAUCGCAACUCUGAUGACAGACGAGGUAAGUAGCCACACUGCAGUAGUCCUGUGUGCACUUUUCCCUGCAUUAUCUUUGGUUAUGUUAGCCAGGUUUAAUGACAGCUCAUGAUGACACAUACAGGAUAACCCCAUCCCCUCUCUGCCCCCUCCCAGGUGUUCCAUGACGUGGCGUAUAAAGCCAAGGACAGGAACGACCUGGUGGCCGGCAUCGAUGAGUUCCUGGACCAGGUAACUGUGUUGCCACCUGGGGAGUGGGACCCCUCCAUCAGGAUAGAGCCGCCCAAAAACGUGCCCUCUCAGGUGAGCCUCUUCCUGGUGGUGUCUGUGACAUCACCCCUAACCAGAGACUUAUUUUGAGAUGCAUAUAUAUUUGGCUCUGACCCUGUGCCAUCAUCUGUUAGUUUGCUUCCAACUGCAUCACUGGCUAAACCCAAUCUGAAUUGUACUCGGAUUUAACUGCUGGUAUACCCCAAGGACAAAUUCUAAAUCCGCUCUGAAUCCAUUUGUUUUGUUUUUGUCUAUUAUCAGCUGGUACGUGCCGGACGGCUUGUCCUUAAAAAAGCAGUCCUGUGUUGUUGGAAGGAAUAAUGUUUUGCCUGACAGGCUAUUUUAGGUCAAUUCCUACUAGUGGCGAUGCAUUGAAAAUAAAUUAUAUAGCUAUUUAUGGCAAAUAAAUAUUUAUAUUCCAUCCGACCUCUGAACUCUAUUCUUUACCACACAGGAAAAGCGCAAGGUCCCUCCUCUACUCAACGGGGAUCUGGGAGAAGCAGAGGAACCUGGUGGCCAUGGAGGCCCAGAGCUACAACGCACAGGAAGGUAGGUUAGAGUGUGUGUGGUGGUUGUGAGUUGAAGGUGUGUGUGUGUGUGUGCAUCCGUGCGUGCAUGUGUGUGUGUUUGGGCUGAGAGUAGGCCCGCCAGCACUGUGGACCAUCUAAGGUCCUCUUCGUCUUUGGUUUUCAGUCCCGUUUGUCUCUUCUCCGGCUCUCCCUGUCCCUAGCAGAACAUUUAGCCCUCCUUUAAAAAACACACAUCCUUAUGGGUUUCUCUCGUUCCUCAAGCUCCGAGUUCACAAAAAGAGCUGGGAUUGAGUGUGAUACAUGCGUUUGGAAUCAUCCAUGCAUACUUUCCUACAUAAGACCAGCAUCACUUAUUAAAAUGUGCCUCGACAGCACUGGGGAAAACACUCUAGCUAUUUUGGUAACACUUCAUUGUACAAUUAAAUAAUGCACUAACUGUGUGUGCAUUAACUAAGGGCUGAUUUUAAUCUAUUAUUAAGUUUUUAUAAGUUCAUCAUAUAAUCAUGUCCACUUAUAUUACAUGCACUAAGUGUGCUUUAACUAAGUGCUGACCUGAAUCUGUUUAUAGGCUAUAAUUAGUUCAAUAGUUAAUACCCUACAGCAUUCGAUAUUGAUGCUGUAAAUAAAGUUACCUAAUCUCUUAAAAUGCCUAAUAAAUACUUAACAGUGCAAAAUAAUGUAUAUGAAUUCAUGAAUUAUUAGUGUCUUAUUAGCAGUAGCUUAUAAGCACUUAUGGACACCAACAAUAAAGUGUUCCAACUUUAUUAACAAUACUUUAUUGUAGGUGCAAUUUGUUUUGUGUAUCUACAGUAGUGUAGUAGAGUGUAUUUGGAGUGAGGAGAAAGCUGUAGUAGUGUAAUACAGUAUAUUUAGAGGGAGGCAGUAGGCUAUGUGUAGCUGUAGUAAGUAUGAAAAUGUAUGCACUCACUAACUGUAAGUCGCUCUGGAUAAGAGCGUCUGCUAAAUGACUAAAAUGUCAAAAAAAUGUAAGUGAUGCUGUAUAUUUUGGGUUUUUAAGUGAUAUAGUUGUAGUUGUAGUAAGUGAUCCCUGCUACAGUAGGUCUCUGAGGAACUCAUCCUGACGGUACAGUAGGUUGGCCUGCAGCCCAGUUCUGCUAUGAGCCAUGAUCUCCCAGAGGGCCACAGCAUAGCAUCCAUCCCCGCUCGGCUGAAAUACCACUCAAAGUCACGCCCACCGUAACCCCGGCAACCGCCUCCGGCUAGGUCGCCAUGUGCCUGUAUAUUUCCUCUCUCAAUCCCUCCUCCUAGUGUGUGGCCUGUGGGAAUGUGUUUAAAAAAUAAACAUUUAAAAACACACUAUGGUGCAUAGUUUUCAUUGCAACUGCAAAAUGAAAGGGAACACAUUUGACUCCUUUUACUUCAUAUGGUAUUUGAUGCUGAUUCACUAAGGUGGUGUGUGUGUGUGUGUGUGUGUGUGUGUGUGUGUGUGUGUGUGUGUGUGUGUGUGUGUGUGUGUGUGUGUGUGUGUGUGCAUGUGUACAUGCACUAAUGUGUGUGUCAUUUCCAGGUUCUUUGGAGGGUUCUUCAUGGACAUCAAGCGCAAGGCGCCCCACUACCUGUCUGACUACACGGACGCUGUGAGCCUGCAGUGUCUGGCCUCUUUCCUUUUCCUCUACUGUGCCUGCAUGUCUCCUGUCAUCACCUUCGGAGGACUACUGGGGGAAGCCACAGAGGGACGCAUAGUAAGACAAAUGUUAUUACAAAUGGCAGAAGAACAGUCUGACUUUCUGAAGGCCUACUUCCUGUAUUUGUUUGUUGGAUUUCUGAUGUAGUUAUGCACAACAAUAAAGCACUUUUACAUUCACACAUUAGGUAAGGACGAUGGUAUCCUUAUGAAGCUGAACUCUAAACAGAUGGAUAUGUUUUAGAUGGAUAUGUUUUAGUUGCUGUAUCCCCCAGUAGAUAUCCAACUUCAACAAAUAAAGACUGCACAGACUCACAGGUGUAGUUAUUAUGAAAAGUGCUAUGCAACCUGUGAUCCAUUAACCCAUUACUGUCUCUUCCUCUUUGGCCAGAGUGCAAUUGAGUCCCUGUUCGGAGCCUCCAUGACGGGGAUAGCCUACUCCUUGUUCGCUGGGCAGCCUCUCACCAUUCUAGGCAGCACAGGGCCUGUUCUAGUGUUUGAGAAGAUUCUCUUCAAAUUCUGCAAGUGAGUUUGCCCCAUUUCAGAUACAUUGUCACAUUGUCUUAGCUGCUCUCAUCACUGUGACAUGGCUGCAGUACAUUGUUCCUGGCAUGUAGGAAGACUUUAAGUAUAGAUGUAUGGGUUUUUCUAAGGCUGUGUGUGUUUGUUGUGUGUGUGUGUGUGUGUGGCCAUGUGUGUCUCUCGUGCGAAAAUUGGUGACAACCUUGGCCCAAGAAGAAGUGUCCUUUUGGUCUAAUGGUUAAGACGUUGGUCUUCCGAGUGGGAGAUGGGGGUUCGCAUCCCACCAGUUACACGUGUGUGUGUUUGUCCACAUGGACUAUGACUAUGGCUAUAUACGUGAACAGAUCUGGAACCAGGUUAAUUGGAAAUAUAUUGGCAGACAAUGUUAGGUACAAUGUUUGUGCAUACUGCACAGUGCUUAUAUUCUGUAGUACUCUACCACUGACAUUUCAUAUGGAUGGCUCCACUAUAAAUAUAUUUCAUGUCAAUGACUCCAUUUCCUCUAUGCACAGAUUUGGACAGAAUCAAAGUGCAUGAGUGCGUGCAUGAGUGACUGGCUCAUGCUGAAUCAUGUCUGUGCGAACCCAGUCAUUCAUUCUUGCACGCAUGGACUUUGGAUUGCAGUCACGUGUGUAUGUGUGUGUGUGUGUGUGUGUGCGCAUGCAUGUGUGUAUGUGUGUGUGUGUGUGUCCGUGUGUGUGUCUGCUCGUGUGAAAAUCGGUGAUAACCUCUGCCCAAGAAGAAAUGUCCUUUUGGUCUAAUGGUUAAGACGUUGGUCUUCCGAGUGGGAGAUGGGGGUUCGCAUCCCACCAGUUACAUGUGUGUGUGUUUGUCCACAGGGACUAUGACCUGUCCUACCUCUCCCUGAGGGCCUGUAUCGGCCUGUGGACGGCGUUCCUCUGCCUGCUCCUAGUGGCUACAGAUGCUAGCUCCCUGGUCUGUUACAUCACCCGCUUCACAGAGGAGGCCUUCGCCUCGCUCAUCUGCAUCAUCUUCAUCUACGAAGCCCUGGAGAAACUCAUCCACCUGGGAGAACACUACCCCAUCAACAUGAACAACAACCUGCAGAAACUCACCCAGUACUCGUAAGUAAUGGAAAUAGUACUCGUUAGUGGAACUGAUAGUCAUAAGUGGAUUAAAUAGUCAUAAGUGGAACUAGUAUUCCUCUAACUACCAGUACUUGUAAGUGCAACUAGUAAACUUAACUGUAGUACUCAUAGGGGGAAGUAGUACUCCUUUAACUGCCAAUAAGUGAAACUAGUACUCUUAACCUGUAGCACACUCUUGGAAAAAAAAGGUGCUAUCUAGAACCCCAUAGGAGAACCCUUUGAAGAACCCUUUUUUGUUGGAGGUAGAACCCUGUUGGUUCCAGGUAGAACUAUUUUGGGUUCCAUGUAGAACCCUUUCCACAGAGGGUUCUACAUGGAACCCAAAAGGGUUCUACCUGGAACCAAAAAGGGUUCUCCUAUGGGGACACCCGAAGAACCCUUUUGGAACCCUUUUUUCUAAGAGUGUACUCAUUAAUGGAACCAGUACCCCACUAACUACCGCUACUCUUAAGUGGAACUAGUAGUAGUAGGAAUAAAUUGUACCUCUUUGUUUAAGUAGCAUUCAUAAGUGUAAGUACUACUCGACCUACAAUACUGCAGGUGGACAACAGUCCAUUUUUUAUUUAUUUUUUAACACAUACUGUUUACCAGAGUCCUGUACACAUUGGUGUUAGCUAGCUACAUCAUCAAAGCACAGAUGGGCAAUAUGGGCAGUUUAUCCAGUUUUUCGGUAAUGCUACAAGAUUAUUGUAGUAUGCUGAAUAAUCCCAUGUGUAAAUCCAGGGACAUACAUUAAUACAUGAUGUAAUCGUUCUAAGUCAAUGUAAUGUACGGUCAAGUAAAUGUUAAUGUUCACAUUGGUGAGGUCAUAGAGAUUAAUCCGUAUGUGUCAUUCCAUGUCAUUUCAGCAAGCCAUGUCACCCACCAUCUGAGAUUAUUCUCAAAUCGUUUCUGUAGUUAGAAACAGACAAGAUUAGCAUUCCUGAAACUUAAUUAAUAAUUUGAUCUCUGAGAAAUUAAGCUAAUUAUUCCACCCAAAUUGGCCGUUUUAAUUUAUAGGAUCGUCAAUAAUAUAGUACCUAACAUUCGAUUUGGACCAUAAUUCUUCCUAACAAUGAGUAAGACAUGAGGUAUCCAAUAAAAUGAUCAAAAGCCACCCACGGACCCCCCACACCCCACGCCAAUCUCAGCCCAACAACCAGUAUACAGUAUCAGUUCUCUAUGUCUGAAACGUAGUAUGGAGCUGCUGCUUGGAGUAUUGCAUCUUCAUCCUUUGUAAUGUAUUCCCUAUGAAAAUGGUGAUGUUUUGUUCCCCUGUUCAGAGAAAUUAUUAGCCAUUGAAGUCACUUGCAUUCUAAACCAUUAAAUUAGUGUGAAAGUACCACGUUUUGCCCACUAGAUGCCGCUGUUCCUGCUACUGCCACCACACCCUUUUAUCAAUUUUGCUGGUCUCUUAAAUGGAUCACAAUAUUCUCUUUGCAACUUUAAGUAGAAAACCAAUUGCUUUUGCUCAUAUGAAUCCUAUAAAUUAAAAUGGCCAAUUUGGGUGCAAUCCCUUAAUUUCUCAGAGAUCAAAUAAUAUUUCAGAAAAAUUAUAUUUUAGGAAUGCUAACCUUAUCAGUUUCUAACUACAGAAGCGAUUUCAGAACAAUCUGAGAUGGUGGGUUUCAAAAUCCUCUUUCUUGUGCUUUUUGAGGUGGAAUAACUAUAAGGACACAGAUGUGUUGACAUGUGCAGACUAAGGCUGCAAGAUGACAAAUGUGUGUGUGUGUUUAUUCGUGCACGUGUGUGUACGCAUACAUGCGUACUUCUGCAUGUGUGUGUCUGCGGGCUUGUGUGUGACUGUUUAUAUGUGUGUGUUUACGUGUGUGUGUGUGUGUGUGUGCACUCAUGCGUGUGUGUGUUGUGCUCUGACAGGUGUGCGUGUGUGGAGCCAAAGGAUCCCAGCAACUCCACUCUGAGGUACUGGGAGGACAGGAACAUCACUGCAUCAGAGGUCAACUGGACCAGCCUGGAGGUCAAGGUAAAGAGGGGUUUGAAGCCUAAAAGCCCUGAUCUUGGGUUCAGGGCGAUGAAGCCUUGCUCUGUAAGGUCACUGACUACCUCCUUCUGUAGUAGACCCCCAGCUGCACUGUGUAAUCAUCACAUUAACUUCUAGAGGUCAGUAGUAUUAUAGUGCAGUGCAGGGUCAGGCACCACGGGGGACUAUUGACCAAUAACCACCCCCUGAUGUAAUAUUGAGACAUGAUGUAACUAACACUCCUUACUCAAUUACUUCUAAAACAUCACUCAUCAGCAAAUUGCUACAAAUAUUAUAUUGUUUAAAUAUAGUGUAUUUUUCAUGGUGAAAUAGCCAUCCCCUGGAGAGGGGUGUGAUGCUAUAGGGAUAGACAUUGUCUCUUGAUAGUACAAUGUGUUUCCCCAGAGGGAACAGAACAGAACAGUGUGACAGGAUUAAAGAUAUGUAGGCAGGAUUUCAACAGGAUUUAACCACGCACAGUCACCAUAGAGAAACAGUCAGAACAGUAGAGCAUUCUUUUAGUAUUCACUGUGACUCUGUCACACCUCUGAAGGCUUAAUGUGUCAAUCUCACUCCAACACACAUAUGCACACCUGCAUGAAGCCAGUCAAGAAUGACACGCACACACACACACACAAUAUGUGACUUCAAUCCUAUGUGCAUGAAUGACUGGGUUCACACGGACAUGAUUCAGCAUGAGCCAGUCCCUCAUGCACGCACUCAUGCACUUUGAUUCUGUCCAAAUCUUUGCAUAGAGGAAAUGGAGUCAUUGACAUGAAAUAAAUGUAUAGUGGAGCCAUCCAUAUGAAAUGUCAGUGGUAGAGUACUACAGAAGAUAAGCACUGUGCAGUAUGCACAAACAUUGUACUUAACAUUGAGUCUGACGAUAUAUUUCUAAUUAUCCUGGUUUCAGAUAUGUUUGUGUGUAUAGGAGUUGUCUAUAAAGUGCAAACAGAUCUGGGACCAGGGGCUAACUUUGACCGGGUCUUCUUAUCUUUCCUAUGUAGGUAACUCAUACCUUAGAGUGGCCAUGUCCAAAUACCCAUACUUGCGUUCUAAAUAGUAGGCUUUUUGGAUAUGCGAAAAUAGAACGUUUUGUAGUAUGUGAAAUUUUGAAAAUGUUGUAUGCUUUAAAUGCCAGCAUGUCAUACUCAGUUCGUCUUUUCGUCACGUAGAAUUCACCACACACUAUUGAGGAAGAUAAUCGUUUUUUCACACCCAUGUGUGUUUGACAACAGCUGAUAAUCAGAAUAGGGGAUGUGCUUUAAAAAAAUGAACGAAUAGUGGGGAACAAGCGCGAUUCUGCAUUAGAUUACGCCUUCUCAGUAUAAAUAAGUGGUAUAUUGAUAUUUGUUGCUUAUUGCAUACAUUUUUACUAAACAGUACAUUCUAAAUAGUAUGUAGUACUGUUAGUACACAGGAUGUAGUUUUAGUAUGUAGUAGGCAAGACAGAUUUCAGACACGGCCAGUCUAUCCUGUUAAAGAUAUAGGAUUCUUCUCAGGUCUCUCGUACCUUCCUGUUGUAGGAGUGCUUUGUGUUCAGCUGUUACAGUCGCUCUCUCUUCCUGUAUAGGAGUGCUUUGUGUUCAGCUGUUACAGUCGCUCUCUCUUCCUGUAUAGGAGUGCUUUGUGUUCCGGGGGGAGUUUGACGGCAGCGCCUGUGGCCCCCACGGCCCCUACAUCCCUGACGUUCUCUUCUGGUCUGUGGUCCUCUUCUUCUCUACUGUCUUCAUGUCUGCUUUCCUCAAGGAGUUCAAGACCAGCCGCUAUUUCCCCACCAAGGCACGUCCAACUACACCUCAUAAUUCCUGAGUGCAAGGAAUGUGGACCGGUAGCCACAUCUGCAGGGAUUUCAAUGAUAUUCGAUUGAUUGUUGAUGCUUGCCCCAUAAUCUCUCAGACUUUGGUGGAUGUAUCAGUGCUCUACCGCCUACUGGUACAUCAUUUUGAGAAAUAAUAUGGAAAUCUACCCAUUCUAUUUCAAUGAUAUGUCGAUGAGUGCUGUUGGGUGCUGCAGGAGUAAGAAUUUAUUUUCCAGUGUACUGAUGCCCCCUUGUGGCGUCUAAGAGAUCCUACACUUACUUGCGCUUUAUUAUUAUUAUUUGCCUUUAUUUAACCAGGUAAGUCAUUGAGAACACAUUAUCUUUUACAACGACAACCUGAACAAGAUAGAUGUGAUACACCGUUCCGCCAAGCAGACAAGUGAAGACGUUACAGACAAUUAACUUGCAUUCACAUGACACUGAGAAAUAGGAGAUUCACCAUAAGCUCAGUUCAUAGUUUGACUGUGAAUAUCUCUUGUUCUUCAGGUGAGGGCCCAGAUCAGUGACUUUGCUGUCUUCAUCACCAUCCUCACCAUGGUCCUAGUGGACUACGCCCUGGGAAUCCCCUCACCCAAACUGCAGGUCCCCAACAAGUUCAAGGUGAGCACACACACACACACACACACACACACACACACACACACACACACACACACACACACACACACACACACACACACACAGAUCAUGAUCAUGUUCACUCCCUCCCACAGCCAACCAGAGACGACCGUGGUUGGAUAGUGAACCCAAUAGGGCGCAACCCGUGGUGGACCACUAUAAUCGCGGUCCUCCCUGCCCUGCUCUGCACCAUCCUCAUCUUCAUGGACCAACAGAUCACUGCUGUUAUCAUCAACAGGAAGGAACACAAACUGAAGGUAAUGGCUGCCAAUUCAAGUCAUUCUACUGUGUCUGCUUUUACUGCUAUAUGGUGGUAAUAGUUUUCACAGAUAAAAUGUGAAAUUCAAAACUUAACAGGUCAUUAUUAUGAUAUAAUUAACUGUCAAACCCCUAAAGGCUGAUUCUAUUUUGGGGUUUUGAUCCCAAUUUUUGAGGGGACUGUUUAAUUUCUGUCCCAUUUGGCUAUGGCUACCAUUUCAACUAACGCCUUGCAUACUGUUCCUCAUUUCUCCAUAACUAAAGAUCUGAACAGUAUACAGUAUAUCUCCAUAACUAAAGAUCUGAACAGUAUACAGUAUAUCUCCAAAACUAAAGAUCAGAACAGUAUACAGUAUAUCUCCAUAACUGAAGAUCUGAACAGUCUACAGUAUAUCUCCAUAACUAAAGAUCUGAACAGUAUACAGUAUAUCUCCAUAACUAAAGAUCUGAACAGUAUACAGUGUAUCUCCAUAACUAAAGAUCUGAACAGUAUACAGUAUAUCUCCAUAAUAAAGAUCUGAACAGUAUACAGUAUAUCUCCAUAACUAAAGUUCUGAACAGUCUACAGUAUAUCUCCAUAAUUAAAGAAUCUGAACAGUAUACAGUAUAUCUCCAUAACUAAAGAUCUGAACAGUAUACAGUAUAUCUCCAUAAUUAAAGAUCUGAACAGUAUACAGUAUAUCUCCAUAAUUAAAGAUCUGAACAGUAUACAGUAUAUCUCCAUAACUAAAGAUCUGAACAGUAUACAGUAUAUCUCCAUAAUUAAAGAUCUGAACAUUAUACAGUAUAUCUCCUUAUUGUUCAUGUAUUAUAGUAUACUACUACCGUAUCGCUGCAGUAUGGAUGCUAUAACCCCAUAUCUCUGGUUCCCAUCAACAGAAGGGCUGUGGCUACCACCUGGACCUGUUUGUGGUGGGGGUGAUGCUGGGGGUGUGUUCUGUGAUGGGCCUGCCCUGGUUUGUGGCAGCCACCGUCCUCUCCAUCUCCCACGUCAACAGCCUGAAGCUGGAGUCAGAGUGCUCAGCCCCCGGGGAACAGCCCAAGUUCCUGGGGAUCAGAGAGCAGCGCUUCACCGGCCUCAUGAUCUUCCUACUCAUGGGCUGCUCCGUCUUCAUGACCUCUGUCCUCAAGGUGAGGGAGGUCAGAGGUCAAAGGCCAGACCUCAGAUAUACAUGAGAUCAAUUACAACACACACACACUUUAGCACAAUCAUGCGCACGUGCAUGAGCAUAGUCACACGCAUACACAACUGUUGAAGACUAAAUUGAGUGCUGUCUCUCUAUCUGUUUCAAGUUUAUCCCCAUGCCUGUACUGUAUGGAGUGUUCUUGUACAUGGGAGCAUCCUCACUGAGAGGUAUCCAGUUCUUUGACCGUCUCAAGCUGUUUGGCAUGCCGGCCAAGCACCAGCCAGACUUCAUCUACCUGAGACACGUUCCGCUGAGGAAGGUCCACCUCUUCACCAUCAUCCAGCUCAGCUGCCUGGUCAUGCUCUGGGUCAUCAAGACCUCAAAUUAUGCCAUCGUCUUCCCCAUGAUGGUAACGUGUGUGGAGGGUGGGGUUGUGUGUGGGUGGGGGGUCUGUGUGUGUGUGUGUGCGCGUGCUCAAGAGAGAGAGAGAGAGAGAGAGAGAGAGAGAGAGAGAGUGAUUGAGAAAGUGAUUUUAUGUCUUUUGAGUAUGUAGACAUUUAUUUUGCUUUUAUAUUUAAUUCGGUAUUCACCUUAAGCUUUAUGUACUGUAGGUACAGCACGUGUCACCACACUUAGUAGACAGGAGGAGAAUGUAAGGAGAAUUGCUUCUCUCCUCUAGGUGUUGGCUCUGGUGUUCAUCCGUAAGCUGCUGGACUUCAUGUUCACCAAGAAGGAGCUGAGCUGGCUGGACGACCUGAUGCCUGAGUGGAAGAAGAAAAAACUGGAGGAAGGAGAAGAGGUAAACAGUCCUUGGUGCUCUUAAACAUAUUGAAGCCAUACAGAUAUGUUAGCACAUUAUGACUCUAUCAAUCAUCUGGGCUUGUGGUGCAAUAGUGUGAUUUAACAGUCACUUUCUUCAUUUCUCUCUCUUCAGGAGGAGCCCAGUAUUAUAGAGGAGGAGGAGGAGGGGAUAGUUACGUUGCCACUGGAAGGAAAUUACAAGUAAGUCCAACUAACAAACCAUGCAGAGACUGUAGGCACUAGAAAGUUCGUUUAAAGAAAACCCGGUACAGGUUUUGGUGACAAGCUAUUGCAAGGAAACAAUAGAGGGCCAUGUUGCACAUGCAUUGUAUCAAUUGUUCUGCCAAUACCGCGGCACAACCUCAUUUUUUUGUGCCAGAAACUUACAGAAAACAUGAUUUCAGCUAAUUCAAGAUCAGGGCCUAAUCAUCAACACAUUUCAGAGGAUGUCUUGCCUAUGAGAACAUGCAGUGACUGACAGAGCAUUCUCGGUUUUGUGUUUUGUAGGAACGAUCCCGCUACGGUGAACAUUUCCGAUGAGAUGUCCAAAGGCUCCUUCGGGAACGUGUGGAAUAGUAUCAGCCCCAGUGACAACUCCAAGAAGGAUCCAAGCUCCAAAAGGUUGGAAUGUCCACCAAUCAGUCGAUUAAUCAAUUAAUUAAUACAUACCUUUCACCAAAAAUGCCAUUUCAUUUAUUUAUUGGACCUAUAUAUUAGCCGCAGACCAUUUACUUGUCCAAUCUCAAAUACUUUUCUGUUUUCUAUUCUAUUCAUGGUGUGAAUACUGUAAAACAUAUUUAAUGUAGAUAUUAAUGUAGAUAUCAAAUGUGGAUUUUGACCGGCCUUUCCAUUGUAGAGAUUUAGAUGAUCAUUAACUUCUAUCUUAACUCCUAUCCUUUCUCAUUCCAUUACCAUCAUAAGCUCCCCUUCCUAACCUCUCAGAAGCUGAUAUCCCAAAGGUAAGUGACUCCCAAUCCUCAAUGGCAUGGUGUUACAUAUCUUGUCUCUCCAUGUGCAGUGUAUCAUUGUAUGAUGUAGAGGUGACAAUAUGAAUAUGAUGGUCUUUGUCAUGCAAGUGUGCCCGGAGUUUGAGUAUGGGACUUCAGUCUAAAGUACCCUGGAGCAACCAGUUAUCUCUUGACCCAUAAAGAUCCACAGUAAAAAAAACACCAACUCAAAGUUGGCACUCAGUUCUAAACAAAUGUCCCAAGGCGUCUCUCUUUGUUUUGAAUGUUUCACGCUCACUGGUUUGGGGAAUAUGAAUGCAUGCAUAUGGUAGACAGACACACACACACACACAGCAUGCUCUGGUUUGGUUUGCCUCUGUGGUGGUUGGGGACAACUGCAGGUUUAGGGUGGUUAUGCAUGAUGGGUAAUAUUACCCCAAAUCAAUGAAGUGCGUGAUACUUCUGCCACGCAGGGCUCCAAUACACAAUGCCAUCCAGCUGGUCAAUUCAGUGGUACAUGUAGUGUCUCCUCUAAUGCUAUUUGUGACACAUAGCCUUUUGUUUUCCAGUGGUGGUGAGAGAAGACAUAAGAGGAAGGAUUCAAAGUUGGACAGAGAGACGAGUUUGUGA